AUGAGUUCUCUUAAGAGAAAAGACGCCCCUGGGGGCACACCAACUGCAAAAUCUCCGAAGCGUUCGAAAUCCGACAAGUCCCAGUCAAAGCAGAAUGCCGCCUCCAAACAGCCGCAGCAGAAGCCCACGAUCGCGCCUGGGGUCUCGCGACUUAAGGAAGAGGAACCACUAUUCCCUCGUGGAGGUGGAAGUGUGUUGUCUCCUCUCGAACAUCGGCAGAUUUCUAUCCAGGCCAAACAGGACGUCCUCUUUGAGCAAGAGUCUGGCCAGGCGGGCAAGAAGGCAGAGCAGCCCUCGAAACGAAAGAAGUCAAAAGUUUCCAAGAGCAAGUUGUCCACUGGCACUCGUUCGGCUGAGGAUGUUGUGAGAAUAGAGAGUCUGAACUAUCAGCGCUUGGUCAAAGGAUCUCUUGUCUUGGGCCAGAUCACUGAGAUUCGUCCGUUACAAAUCGUUCUCGCCCUACCAAAUUCUCUUUCAGGCCAUGUACCGAUCACUUCCGUCUCGGAUGUCUUGAGCGAGAGGGUGGCAGCAGAAGCCGAAGCGCUAGAUGAGGACGAGAAUGAGAAUGAGACUGAUACCGUCGAUCUGAACGAUAUCUUCGAGGUUGGGCAAUACCUUCGUGCCUAUGUGACUUCUACUACGGAGGAUAACACUGGAACAUCAACAAAACCGAAAAAGCAUAUCGAGCUAUCGUUACGGCCAGAGCACACCAAUACAGGGCUUGUAAGCCACGAAGUCGUUGAAAAUACCGUUGUGAUGGCGGCGAUUUCGAGUGCGGAAGACCAUGGUUUCGUCAUGGACCUUGGCCUGUCUGACGGAACCACGCGGGGCUUUCUUCCUCGAAAAGAAGUCCCUAGCGAUCUUCUUGAAACUCGUAUGCAGCCUGGCGCUGUCUUCUUGUGUCUAGUAACCAAAAAGGGUGCCAAUGGAAAGAUUAUACAACUAUCAGCCCUACAAAACAAGCUUGGGAAUAUACAGAACUUUGCGACGGAGGCAACGACCAUUCAAACAUUCUUACCAGGGUCCGCCGUUGAACUAAUGGUAUCCGACAUCUCUAAGCGCGGACUAGUAGGAAAGGUCAUGGGUUCCUUAGACGUAACUGCUGAUCUUAUUCACUCUGGUGCAGGACCCAAAGCUCUAGAUUUGGAGGGAAAAUACAAGAUUGGGAAGAAAAUAAAGGCUCGUGUGAUUUGCGAUUUUCCGACGGCUAAAGAGCCGAAACUUGGUGUAUCGCUGUUGGAUCAUGUCACGAGCUUAACACCUUUACGAACCUCCUCAGCUAAACUUCCCCUCGAUGUCCUUCCUCCAUCUUCAAUGGUCGAGCAAUGCACCAUAUUCAAAGUCGACCCUGACAAAGGCGUAUUCGUUGAGAUUGGUGUUGACCGCGUCCCCGGAUUUGUACAUAUCUCCCGCCUCAAAGAUGGGAAACUCGACCUUCUCUCUGAAUCAUCCGGGCCAUUCAAAAUUGGUGCAGUCCAUCGCGGUAGAGUUGUUUCUUAUAACGCUAUCGACGGUGUAUACAACCUAUCGUUCGAAUCAAGUGUCCUAGAGCAGCCUUUCCUCCGAAUCGAGGAUGUUCCCGUUGGUUCCGUGGUCAGCGGCGAGAUUGAGAAGCUCAUCAUCAAUCAGGAUGGGGUCAGUGGCCUUUUAGUCAAGCUCGCAGAGGGCAUUCACGGUUAUAUCCCAGAGAUGCAUCUGGCAGAUGUCCGUCUCCAGCACCCUGAAAAGAAAUUUCGGGAAGGUCUUAAGGUUAAAGCCCGAGUACUAUCCACAGACCUACUCAAGCGCCAAGUCCGACUUACGCUGAAGAAGACUCUAGUAAAUUCCGAGGCGAGGCCACUGCAAUCCUUUGAUGAACUUGUGGUGGGGGCACAAAGCCCUGCUACUAUCAUCAGAGUGCUGGACAAUGGAGCUGUCGUACAAUUUUAUGGAUCUUUGCGCGGAUUCCUACCUGUAUCGGAGAUGAGUGAAGCCUACAUCCGGGACCCUAAGGAACAUUUCCGAGUUGGUCAAGUAGUGAGUGUGCACAUACUCAACUUCGAUGUUGAUGCACAGAAAUUAUUCGUCUCCUGCAAAGACCCUUCUGCAUUUGGCAUAGAGAAGCAGAAUGCGCUUAAAAAUCUCAACAUAGGGGACAUUGUGUCUGCUACGGUAAUACAAAAGACUGAAGACGAUGUUCAUCUGGAACUGGUCGAUAGCUCGCUUAAAGCACUGCUCUCAGUUGGACAGCUAGCUGACCGACCAAGCAAAAAUCAGUCCGCUAUGAGGGGCAUACGUGUUGGGCAGAUUCUGAGCGAUCUCCUUGUCUUGGAUAAAAAUGAUAGUCGUCGGUCAAUUGCAUUGUCGAAAAAGCCAAGCCUGGUCCAAGCCAGCCGAGAUGGUACACUACUUACUGCCCUAGAUCAAGCUCGGGUUGGUGAUGUCCGGCAAGGCUUCGUCAGGAAUAUCACUGUCACAGCCGUUUUUGUGCAGUUCUCUGGCCCACUCACGGCUCUGCUGCCUAAGUCGAAGCUUCCUCGAGAAAAUCAAGAUAAAAUAGAUUUCGGCCUCAAGAAAUAUCAAUCGAUUGAGGUAAAGAUUGACUCUAUAGACAGAGACAACAGCCGACUUGUGGUUGCCUCGCCAGCGCAUACAGAUAAGCCUUCGACUGAUGCUCAGUCACCUGCUGCCUCUAAACUGGAGAACCCAGUGGACGAAACGCUGAAGUCUACAAAUGACUUAUACGUCGGAAAGGUCACAAAGGCUACGAUUGUUUCGAUCAAGAGCACACAGCUAAAUGUUAAGCUGGCCGACAAUAUACAAGGGCGUGUGGAUGUCAGUCAAAUAUUUGAUUCUUGGGACAAAAUCACGAAUCCCAAAUCCCCUCUCAGCAAGUUUCGAGUCAACACCGUUAUAGGAGUGCGGAUUCUUGGUGUUCAUGAUGCCAGAAACCACCGAUACUUGCCCAUUUCGCAUCGAUCCACGCACUCGGUUCUCGAAUUGUCCACCAAGCCAAGUGGCCUAAAGGAAAGCACAACUCCAGAGUUGUCCCUCAAGGCACUUGAGCUUGGAUCAAUGCACAUUGGCUUUGUCAACAACGUUCAGUCUAACUCGCUUUGGGUCAAUCUGUCUCCAAACGUGCGUGGCAGGAUCAGCAUGCUUGAGAUAUCUGAUGAUGUAUCACUUCUUGACGAUCUUUCAACUAAUUUCCCAAUCGGCUCCGCUUUGAGAGUCCGCGUUAUUGCUGUAAAUCCGACGGACGGCCGCCUCGAUUUAUCGGCCCGCUCUUCUGGCGCGUCCACUCAUCUUGGUUGGGAUUCUAUCAAACAAAAUAUGGUUCUCCCUGGCAGAAUCACCAAGAUCAAUGAACGCCAGAUAAUUGUGCAGUUGAAUGACCUGGUCUCGGCGCCUGCGCACUUAAUUGACCUGAGCGAUGAUUAUGACAAGGCUAGCACCAUGUCGUAUAGCAAGAACAGUGUUGUCCGUGUUUCCGUAGUCGACAUUGACAAGAGCAAUAAACGUUUACGGCUCUCUUUGCGCCCAUCAAGAGUAUUGAACUCAUCUUUACCCAUCAAAGAUCGCGAGAUCACGAGUCGCGCUCAGCUUAGCGUUGGCGAUGUGAUUCGUGGUUUUGUAAAGAAUGUCUCCGACAAGGGAUUGUUCGUUGGUCUGGGUGGUGACAUGACCGCAAUGGUUCGCAUAUCCGAUCUUUCAGAUAGAUUUAUUAAAGACUGGAAGGACGAAUAUCAGGUCGACCAAUUAGUGAAGGGACGGAUUGUAUCGAUUGAUUCUACCACUAACCAGAUUCAAAUGAGUCUGAAGUCAUCAGUAGUUGAGAAGGACUUUAUUCCGCUCACUAACUAUCAAGACCUACGCGCCGGUCAAAUUGUUACAGGGAAGGUUCGAAAAGUCGAAGAGUUCGGUGCGUUCAUCCUCAUCGAUGGAUCGGCAAACGUGAGCGGCUUGUGCCAUCGAAGUGAGAUGGCUGAAAAGCCUAUACAAGACGCAAGAAAGCUUCUAAGUGAAGGCGAUGCAGUGAAAGCAAUCAUCUUAGAUAUUGACAUACAAAAGAAGAGAGUCAGCUUUGGACUGAAGCCUUCGUAUUUCGAGGACGAACACGAGAGCGACGAUGAAGACGACGAAAUUGCAGGCGCCUUAUUGGAUGACAGCGCAGACGAGCAAUCAGAUGAUGAGGACAUGGAAGAUGCCAGCAGUUCCGUCCUCAUUGAGGGUACCGAUGAUGAUGAUGAAAACCACCUUUCUUCUGAUGUUGAGGAUAUCGAGAUGGCUGACGGAGUAGGUGAGAACGUUGACGCCCUAGGAGCUGGUGGGUUUGAUUGGUCCGGAACUGCACUAGACGAACCCAUUUCAGCAAGCACCAACACGGGCUUGGACUCAGCAGAAAAGAAAAAGAAGCGGCGGAAACCUCAGGUCGAAAUCGACCGGAGUGGCGAUUUGACUACUCUCGGCCCUCAGACAGCAGUUGACUACGAGCAGCUUCUCAAUCGUCAACCAAACUCAUCCAGUCUUUGGAUUCAAUAUAUGGCAUUCCAGAUGCAAGUCAGCGAGCUAGCUAAAGCACGUGAAGUCGCUGAGCGCGCUGUCAUAACCAUCAACAGUACAGAAGAGACGGAGAAGUUGAAUGCUUGGAUAGCAUAUCUCAAUCUUGAGGUGAGGUUUGGAAACGACGAUAUUGUAGACGAUGUUUUCAAGCGUGCGUGUCAUGUCAAUGAUCCGCAAGAAGUCUACCAGCGUCUUGCUAGCAUUUACGUUCAAGAUAAUAAGCCAGAGAAAGCAGAUGCACUCUUCCAGACCAUCACGAAGAAGUUUGGUGCAGACUCUCCGGAUGUCUGGUAUAACUAUGCUCAUUGGUUACAUGCUGUUCAAAAUGAGCCUGACCGCGCACGAGCUCUACUGCGUCGGGCCACACAAGCAUUACCAGAUCACGCUCGCCUUCCCUUGAUGACCAAAUUUGCGGCAUUAGAGUACAACUCUCCGAACGGGAGCGCCGAGCGUGGCCGAACUAUUUUCGAAGGACUUAUUGCCUCAUUCCCCAAGAGGUUCGACCUAUGGAGCCAACUGCUAGACCACGAAGACGGCCCCAGUGCCGACAAGGCAGUCAUCAGAGACGUCUUCGACAGAGCGACCAAAGUCAAGGGUCUCAAGGCUCGGCCUGCCAAGAAAUGGUUCAAGCGCUGGGCUGAUUGGGAAGAGAAGAAUGGCGAUGAUAAAAGUCAGGAGAAGGUGAGAGCCAAGGCAGGCGAGUGGGUAAGGCUGAAGGCGGAGGUGAAAAAGGGCGAGGAGGAAGAAGACGACGAGUGA